GAUGGCUUCGGUUGAAAGGGAGACACUGUCCCAAGAUGAACUCCGGAAAAGGCUCUAUCAGACUUUUAAGAACCGAGGCGUACUGGACACACUUAAGACACAGCUCCGAAACCAGCUAAUCCAUGAACUAAUGCACCCAAUUUUAAGUGGAGAACUUCAGCCGCAGGCAGUUCCAAAUGAUGACAGUUCGCUUUUGAUCACAGCUUCUAACAGUUUGGUGGCAGAUCAUCUACAGAGGUGUGGCUAUGAGUAUUCACUUUCUGUUUUCUUUCCAGAAAGUGGAUUAGAGAAGAAGAAGCUGUGGACUAUGCAAGAUCUUCUUCAAUUAAUGAGGAUCAAUCCAAAAUCCAGUCUUUACAAAUCACUGACUUCGGGAACUCGGAAGGAAAACAAAGGUUUUCUUAUGCAGAUUUUAAUCGGACUUACAGAGCAUCAUCUAAGUAAGGAAACUCAUGACACAGAAACUCAGACAACCUCAGUGCCUCCUUACAGAGACUCUCUUGGUAAGUGCAACCUCUGCAAGGAAGUCUCCCCAGAUAUUUUCAUAUUG